GCACCGCCCUAGUGACCCUCUCAGACGAGCUCGCCGGCCGGCAAGGCGCCGCCGACGAAAACGCCGCCGCUCUCGCGCCCGUCCCCGCGGCCGCCGCCGCCGCCGCCCCCGAGCGCAGCCGCAGCGCCGCAGGCGAUCUGCUUUGCCUCGGGUCGGCCGCUUUGUAUGCUGCAUACACCAUCGUCCUGCGCCGCGCCUUGCCCGACGACGAUGAGGCUGACGUGGCGCUGUUUUUCGGCUACGUGGGGCUGUUUUGCACUGUUCUUUUCGCGCCCGUGCUGGCGGGGCUGGCGCUGAGCGGCGCGAUGGACCUGGGGGGGGUGACGCGUGAGGCGCUGGGGUUGAUCUUCCUGCAAG